AUGCCUAAAAAACGCAAUUUAUCCGACACGACAAAUGGCAGUAAGUCUUAUAAGAAGCCAAAUAAAAAAUGGAAAGAAAAGGAGAUAGAACAAGAAGAAAUUGAAAGUAGUGAUGAUAUUGGGCCUGGUGUUAUCGAUGAUGAUGAUAUAGACUCAGAGGACAUAAGCAAUCAAGAAGAAAGUGAUGAAGAGGAGAUUAUAGAGACAUCAACUGAAAAAAGAAGACGGCUUGCAAAACAAUACAUUGAAUCCGUUAAAGAAAGCUUAGAUGAAACUGGCUUUGAUGCUGAGGAUAUUGAUCGAGAUCUAAUAGCCGAACGGUUACGAAAAGACGUGCUGGAACAAACAGGACGAGCUCAUCGUAUAAUAGCAGAUACGUUUUCGUUUCCUAUAGAUUCUGGAACUAUAAAAUCUGGCCGUCAUGAGCUUUCCGUUACUUGUAUAGCCAUCGCAGAAUCUGGUCAAUUUUUUUAUACCGGUUCAAAAGAUCAUUCCAUAAUCAAAUGGUGCAUAAAAACUGGCAAAAAGUUACAUGUAUUCCCUGGAGGCCGGAAAGAAGUAAAGAAAUUCGAUGGUCACACAAACCAUGUUUUGGCUUUGGCAGUUAGUUCGGACGAAAAUUAUAUGGCGAGCGGUGGUUCAGACAAAAAGAUCAAUAUAUGGUCUACAAAAGAUGAUAAAUUGUUAAAAUGUUUUACGCAACACAAAGAUUCAGUAUCGGGCCUUGCGUUUCGUAAAGGAAAUAAUCAAUUAUAUAGCGCUUCCCAAGAUCGUACUGUUAAGGUGUGGAAUAUCGAUGAAUUAUGUUACGUAGAAACGCUAUUUGGACAUCAAGAUCAAAUAACGGCAAUUGAUACUCUCUCGCGUGAACGUUGUGUGACUGUUGGUUCUCGAGAUCGAACAUGUAGAUUAUGGAAAAUUGUCGAGGGGUCGCAAUUAGUAUUUCGUGGUAGCACAAAAUGCGCAACAGAAGAUGGUCAAACGUUCCAGGAAGGCAGCUUGGAUGUUGUUGCCAUGAUUGACGAAGAUAAUUUCCUUAGCGGUGGUGAUAGUGGUGCCAUUUCAUUAUGGAAUAUCAAUAAAAAAAAACCAGUUUUCGUACAAAAUCUUGCACAUGGAUUGCAAACAUACGACUCUGAAAGUGAAGGUGCCCUUAAAACUCCAUACUGGAUAACAACAUUAGCCACUGUGAGAUAUUCCGAUCUUUUCGCUUCUGGUUCAUGGGACGGGAAUAUUCGUCUUUGGAAAUUGAUUGAUAAUGUUCGUUCUUUCAUUCCGCUGACGGAAAUUCCUUUGAUCGGAUUUGUGAAUGAUUUACAAUUUACAACCAUAGAGGAUAAAACGUUUCUUAUAGCAGGUGUUGGUCAAGAACACAAACUUGGUAGAUGGAAAAGGAUUAAGAAUGCUAGGAAUGGGUGGAGAUUAAUGGAGUUAUCUCUUAAAUCUCAAAUACAAAAUAGUGGUAUGUAUUUUAUUUAUCUUCAUUAA